AUGACAGUGCAAGAGUACCGAUUACAACUAGACGAGCACAGAGAACUCGCUAUAGAGUAUAGCGGUGACUUGUCUAAAGGCAGAAUUCAAGAGUCUGGCGUGGAAGACCCUGUACCUACUGCGCUGUUUCUUUCCAUAGACCAGAUUAGCCGUGAUCAUGCGUUUGCCGCUGACUAUCUGUUUCUUGCUGCAAGCGUAGACCGAAAAGCCAUUUCGCUCGAUCUUCUAGAGGCAGUCUCGAUGCAAGCAAGAGAAGAUGCUAUCAGGAUGCUUGACAAGUAUGCGCUCGUCACCAGACGACCUGCUGAGUCUGCGCUAGAUCUUCAUCGACUCGUCCAUCAAGCCCUACGCAAGCGACUGCAAAUGCAGGGACAGUUUUCGCUUCUUGCAAGCAAUCGAUCUUUCAUCCUACGCGAAGCCUCUCUCGCCUGA